CAAUAUCCUUUCAAAAGUUAAAAAAUACGUUUCAAUAUUCCACAUCCGCCUUCCUUAGCGAAUGAGAUGGUGGGGUAGCUAUCAUAUUUUGGAAGGAAGCUUUUUAAAUAUUAAGUUUCACAAUAUAGAUCUACUGUAAUACAGGGAUAAGGUACCGGAUCAAUAUGUUGAGCCAGGAAAGGAUUUUAAUGACUGCAUAACCGGCAUCCCAUGUACUAGUUUGUAAAUUAGGGCGCCAUGUAUCAAACCCAUUCUACCUUUAUGCACGCUUUAUGCUAUUGUUUCAUUCUAGGCUGUAUUCUCGAUUAACCUUACUCGUUUUGGAAUGUUUUCUCUACUUCUAAUGGGCAACUGGUCCAAAAGAGGCAUAAAACUACACUAUUCAUUGUUUGUUUGUCACAAAACAGCUUUGUGUUUGCCCUUAUGACGCACAUUGAUAGCUAAGCUAGAUAAGUUUUGUGCUUAUCUGGCAACAAUCUAAUUGUUAUCAAAGGUUGGAAAAAAAUACAAACAAAUUUAUGCCUGCCGAGUGACAGGUUUCCACAUUCCACUGUUCAUGGUCUGUUCAUUACCCUCUUCUGCGAUUUUGAAAUAUUUUCAAGUAAAUGGAGGAAAAGACAGCCCUGGGCUAGCCAAAGUGGCGGUUGGGUUUCUUAUUUCACUGUUUCUGUAAUGGGUCAAAUGCAACAUACCAGUUAACCAAACCGAACCAUCUGAUUUUCUUGAUGACAGUAGGAUGUUUUGAUGAAGAGCUGAACGUAAAAUAAAUGUGUAUAGGCCUACGAUCUAACAUUCCAGGGUGGUCUAUUGAGCACUUGUUAGGUGUUAAGAUGGCACAUUGAAUGCCAAUUGGACUUAUUGGAUACACAUAAGUCUCUAAAAUGUAUUGUAGCUGUUAAAGGCAUGUAGAAUACAAAAUGUUGUCUUUUAUAUUGUUUAUAAAACAAUAUAAAACAAUGUAUAAUUCACCUUCUAUUUUAAGGGAGAAUUUUAUCACAAAUAUGUUCAAUAACAUUUCGAAAAUUAAUGCAUUUGUUUUGGCUCCCCAACACAAGGUGCGGUCAGAUACAAACCAAGCUCUGUAGGAAGUGGAAGCUAUUAUUGUUAGAAGCCCCCGUUUUUUUCCACCAUGUACUGGUCACGUGACCCAGCCCCUCUCCGUCUCGCUCUGGCUCUCGAGCUCCUCCACACCGCUUUGCUAAACACAGACGACUUGGGCGCGUCGUAACUUUGGACAUAAAUCAGACUCCUACUAUAAAUAAGGUCCGUACUUUCUUUCCAUCUCCGUUUGACUAACAGACAAUAAAAACACCAAUAACCAGCGCGAGGGAAAGAUUAGAUCUAAUUUAUUGCCUCAUAAAAACAGACGGCCAGCUGAGUUAGUUCGCAUUAUCGCGGUAGCACCUAAGCCAAUACAAACUGCUACGGCCUCACUGUUAACAACUGACGAGACAUGAAACAAACAACUGUCGACAGUUAUGGGUGUUUUUGUAUGAAAUAAAACCACACAAAACAUUCAAGGGUAUUUAAGUUACACUUAUGUUGCUUAGUGCUCCAUUAUUUUGCCCUUUAUCAAAUGAAAAUUAAUCUUGGGAUAGACAUGUAAUCCCAUAUGGAUCAAAGUCAGAGAUGAUCAACAAACAACAUGAAUAAUAGGCAAAUAAUAAUGGUAUAGUAUAUACUUAUUCUGAUCAUUCUACUGUUAUUAACAAGUAUAUAGGCCUACAUGUAAAUAGCCUACUACAACACAAACACAACAACGACGAUCACAAUAUUAAUAAUAACAACAAUAAUAAUACUAUUAUAAUUAUUAGUAGUAUAUUACUAUUAUUAUUACACAAUAACAUAACCAUUAUAACCAUAAUAACUAAUUUUACCAGUUAUUUGUGGUAGCCUAUUUAGCCUAUUGCAGCUACUAAACGCCAAUAUUAUCCGGCCAAAUGCAUCAGUAAAACUGACAAAAUAUCGUCUGACCCACCGUUCAUUAAAUAAGCACAAUCUUAAAAAAAAAAAAAUCUACCACCUAAAACGUGGUCCACAGAAUAACCCAAAAAUGCUCGUGAAUUCCUCUAUCAGAGUCCAAAGUUCUCCAGGUAAAAAUAGCCUGAUGAUAUUUUCACUGCGUGACCCAGAUGUUUUAUGCGAUGUCAGCAGUAACUUUGUAAGCAGAAGUGAGGCUAGUGUUUAGAUGUAGACUAUCCCAAACUCGGCUGAAACACCCAGUGCUCUCUGUUUUGUAUUGCUCUCAAUAGACUUGACUCCCACACACAUUUCUCUCAUUUGGCCUGUCUUUUUUUUUUUAAAAAAAAGGGCAAAUGGCAUGGGAAACAGGGGAGUAGCUUUGCCUCUGUGUUUAAAAAAUAAAACAUCAGACGGAAUCUGUUCUCCAGAAAUAGCCCCCCAUUUCAAAUGGUGCUGAAUGCUCUGUAUUGGACACGUUUGAGCUUUGUAGACGCGGGAAACAAGCGAAAUACAUAGAUAGCUUUUCAUUAUUGGUUUCCCAUAUAAGUAAGAUAUAGAGAGGUGAGGGAGAAUUCUUGAGGGUGGCUCCUGUCAGGCUCUUUGCAGAGAGAGAAAGAUUGAUCACCGCACUGUUUCUUUUUUUUCCUCACCCGGGGCUACUUUAGGUCUCCCAAAAAUGUCCACUCUUACUCCGCGAUCCCUUUAAAACAUGGUGAAACAUGGUGUCCUUGUCAGUAUUCGGUGAUUUGUUUAGGUUGUCCCUGUGUUUUUUUUUUAAGUUUUCGGUCCAACCAUUUAUUCGAACAACCCUUCCAGAAAUAGGAGGCCUAUAUUAUUACAUUUGGUGGAAGGGGCAGAUUUUAGCACUUGGAAUCCUGCAGUUGUAGGAACGACCUCACUAUGAACUCUCCUCUGUAAACAAUUCACACACUAGGGAAGAAGGUGGAGAUGUUUUACGGAAUGAUUGAACCAGAAAGAAAGGAAUGCGAGGCACUCUGUUUCUGGUUGAGAGAAAUAAUUUCAGCCCUCUCGUAGUAUUGUAGACUUCGACCAAUGUUUAAAUUGGGCCCACAAGAAGCAUUUCUGCAUACAAACAGCACAUAGUUAAAACAAGUUGCCAAAACUUAAUCUAAUAAAACGCAAGUACUUACAUAAUAUGAAGUCCUCUUUCCAUUAUAUUUAAUAUUGUAUUAGACUAGAACUGCACUAGGUUCAAUGGACACUGAAUAGCGUUCAACGCAUGUUGCCAAUAGAGAGUAAAGGUAGGAGCUAUGAGUGAGAAUUGGCUUCGUCAUUCGGGGAUCCUGUGCAUCUCAAAUAGUAUUUGUGCAACACUGGAAUGGGGACUUUAGUGGCUGUCAAACUAUGAAAGAUUGAUGAGCAUACUCUUAGAAACAGUAGUUUCUUUGGAGUGCCAGAUUGUAAACGGAGUUAGCUGCGUUCACCAUAAUGCUAACAAUCAUUACAUCACCCGUUUGAUCGAAAAUCUCUGCUGCAGGACGAGAUUUUCUUUUGUCUGGCGGUAAAAGGCCCUCAUGGACGCGCCACAACGCCCACGCGCCACAGCCAGCAGAUAGAGAGACACAUGGUAACCGAGCACUUUCUUUUUUAUUCAUUUUGGGAAAUGCCCCCCCACCCCCCUGUUAAGUCAAAACAACAACGGAUCGCCUGAUAUUUUUUUCAUUGCAUUUGUAAGAAAAAUAAUAAUGCGUUUCUCACAUCCACCGCCAGGCCUAGUGGCUCUUAUUGGGUGUUGUUGGUCACAUGACCAGGAAUUGGCUGCAAUUUCGCCCCAUAGUUCUUCAGUUUAGCCUACCCAGGUCCCCAUACGCUAGUAAUAUCACCAAUAUACACAUUUUUUUAUAUAGCCCCCGCAAAUACGCCAUUGCGGACGAGAGCAUCUAUGGUCGUGCGUUUUUUUAUUUUCCUUUUAUUUUUAGCGGCCCUAUUUUGUUUUUUUGGGGGAAGAGAUUGUUUGGGGUCUCGCCGUUUAGGGUGAAACUGGUUUUAGGGAGCUAUGAAUUUUGAAUUUGAGAGGGAGAUCGGUUUUAUAAACAGCCAGCCGUCCCUAGCAGAGUGCCUGACGUCCUUCCCUGCCGUCCUGGAGUCAUUUCAAACUUCAUCAAUCAAGGAGUCGACAGUAAUUCCGCCUCCCUUCGAGCACACCAUCCCCAGCCUCAGCCCCUGCACAGCUAGCCAGCCGAGACCGACUGCUAGGAGCCAGCAGAACCGGAGAACCUCCACCCAUAACAAUGGCCUCCAGACGCACCACCGCGCUACCCAGAACCCCUGCCCGACUGGCCAGGUACCGGGCCCGGCAACGGCCACCUCUACCGGGCCACUCGCCCACGAAUUCCCCUGGAUGAAGGAGAAGAAAUCGUCGAAAAAGUGCUCUAAACCUGGGAAUAGUUCCAGCAGCGGUGGAGCUAUUAUCCCGACUGCCUCGUCCUCUCCAUCGCCUGCCGCCUCCGGGUACGCCUCGGCUGGCAUAGACUCGCCCACAGAUCCGAACCAGGCGGGUCUAGACUGCGGAGGCGCGGGGUCCCGUCGGCUGCGCACUGCGUACACCAACACACAGCUCCUGGAGCUCGAGAAGGAGUUCCACUUUAACAAAUACCUGUGUCGGCCUAGGCGGGUGGAGAUCGCUGCCUUACUGGAUCUUACCGAGCGCCAAGUCAAAGUCUGGUUUCAGAACCGUCGCAUGAAACACAAACGUCAAACCACGCAUCACAGAGAGGGCGGGGGCGCGCACGAGUCGGGCGACCCCGGUGGUUUCGAGCCUCUGGAAGGCGCCGAUGCCUCCUCUCCUUAUUCGAGCCAGCCGCUGGAGGCCUCGGGGACCGGGGGAGCCUCGUCGGAUGGUGAACCUGGGAACAGCAAUUCUUCCUCGGCAGCUGCUGUUUCCAUCUCUACUUCCUACGCUAAUGACAACAGGGACAAUGCGCAACCCACGCCCGAGGAGGGAGGCUGUUUGAGCCACCCCGAAACGCAACCGUUGCCGGUGGCAUCUGGCCCUUCUGACACUCCUGCGACCCGCCAGUCCCCAUCGUCAUUCACCCCGACGCCCACCGCCGAUAACCCCAGGACAAUGCAGUUGGAGGAGGCCGGGCAAGGGGCUUCGGCUGCGGCUGCGGCAGCUGGGGCGGUAUCGCUCCCCGAUGGUGCGUUUUCAGAGCGGCAGGACUCCUCAAUCACAACCACGGCCACCUCUGCUUCCUCUUCCGCUCCGGCCGUCUCUUCCUCGCUCUCCAACUCCUCCACCGCAUCCUCCUCUCUUCCCGAUUUGAAUUUCUUUGCCGGGGACUCCUGUCUGCAGAUAUCCGACGCACUGUCGCCGAGUUUGCAGAGCUCACUUGACAGCCCUGUAGACUUCUCCGAAGAGGAUUUCGAUUUAUUCACUAGCACACUCUGUACUAUAGACUUGCAGCAUUUAAACUUUUAAUCGGUCCCGGGAAAUUGAAGAAUAGGACUACAAUUAAAGGGACGAUGCGAUGAUGAACCUUUCGAAAACGAUUGUCGAGGAAAACCUGUUUAAACGUUGCCUAAAUAUAGGCUGUAAGAAUGCUUCACGGAAACAUUCCCCAAACAAUUAUGAAGAAAGUUGAUUUAGCUGUUUCUUUUGUAUUGGUUUUUUUUUCUGUGGAAAACUAGUCAAAAUAAUCCUGAGAUAAUUUUAAGAAGCUGGUCCUCGUAUGAUUUUGAGUUUAACCCUUUCACACGAAAUUAUUUGGAUUCAUCAAUUUCUUCUCUUCUUUUUGUCAAAAUUUCAGGUAUUUAUUGCCUUUCCUGUUUAAUUCUCCUGUUGAAAUAUAUUUUUUCCCAGCAUUGUAAAUGUUAUUUUAUUACCCAUAGGCUACUGUUUAAGGCCCAUUCCACGAAUGCAGUGCAGCUUUAUCGGCGAUUAUUAAAAACCUCUCAGGAACCGGUGGUGUCGUCUGGAUACAGAUACCUGGGCUGCUUUUAGGAAAAUAAAGACGAUUCGUUCUCUUUGUGAAUGAGACUGGCAAUCUGCUGAGAAAAAACCCUGCUGAUGAGUUUUAGACCCUAGUUUAUUUAUUGAGAUUCUUUAAUAGUGAAAAUAAAAGUCAAAUUAUUUAUUGUACAUUAUUUUCAUAGUGGAAACGAUAAUAACAAUAAAAACUACAUAAAUUACAAAA